CGUGCGUGUUGACGUCAGACGGCAGUAGGUGCCGCCGGCUUGGCUAUCCGCCCGCCAUCUUGGCCCGCUCGGUGUGGAAGGUCUCGGUUCCUUUGGCCUGGGAGUGAGAAGGCAAUUUUGGAUUCAAUGAACUGAAAUGUCGGAAAAGUCAGGGCAGAGUACAAAGGCAAAGGACGGAAAAACAAAAUAUGCAACACUUAGUCUAUUCAACACUUAUAAAGGGAAAACUCUGGAAACACAGAAAGCUGCAGUUACAGCUCGCCAUGGGCUCCAGAGUCUUGGGAAAGUUGCCAUUUCAAGGAGGAUGCCACCUCCUGCUAACCUUCCCAGUCUUAAAGCAGAGAACAAAGGCAACGAUCCUAACAUAAACAUUGUGCCUAAGGAUGGCACAGGAUGGGCUUCUAAACCAGAGCAACAAGAAGAAGAAAAACCACCAGAAGUGCCACAAACUGAGCCAAAGCCUCCAGUUCCUGCUCCUCCAGAAGCCCCUCCUGUUGCCAAAUCAUGGGCCAAUACCAAGCAAGGUGGGCAAGGUGAUGGUCCUGGAGUUCCGAUAAACAGCUAUUUUCAGCAAGAGUUUCCUAGUCUGCAGGCAGCUGGAGACCAAGAAAAAACAAAUAAAGAGAAGGAUGCAGCUGAAGAGCCUUAUGGUCCUGGACCCAGUUUACGACCACAAAAUGUUGCUAGUUGGAGAGAAGGUGGAGGCAAGAAUUUGAACUCUCCAAAUGCUCCAACUGAUGAAGAUGCAAAACCUACUACUCAAGAAGAUGGCAAUGUGGUUGCACCAGUAGAACAGAACGAUGGUCCUAAGAUACCAGAAAAGAGAGAAGUGAGGGUAAUACAGCCUCCUCAGCCAAAGUUGAAUGGACAACAGCCUGGGCUUAUCUCUCAGUACAGAGCAAUCAUACCUCCCUAUAUGUUUAAUCAGUACCCUAAACUAGCAUAUCCUCAAAUGCCGGGCCCUGGCAGGUUCCCUACUCCAUCUGAGCCCAGCAGAGGACCAAGGGGAAGAGGACCCUCUUCAUGGAAUUCAGAGGCUGUAGAACGUCCAUCCAUCUUAAGUGCCAAUGAACUAAAAGAACUUGACAAGUUUGAUAAUUUGGAUGCUGAAGCUGAUGAGGGCUGGGCUGGAGCCCAAAGUGAGGUAGAUUACAGUGAACAGUUGAAUUUCAGUGAUGAUGAUGAACAAGGAAGUAAUCAGAAAGAACAUCAUAGCAGUAAUGAACCUGCAAAAGAUUUGGAGGAGAAAAAUGGAGAACAUAAAUCGUCACUCACUUUGCAAUCAAUUGGUCCAAAAGGCCCUUGUAAUCAAAGUUCUCAGCCUGACCAGCAGGGGCAAGGACCAUCUUCAGUGCUCGAGAGGGGCACUGCUGGGCUUCAUGCAAAAUCUGUCCUUCAGCACCCAGUUGCAGAUCGAUUGACAGGACCAGGAAGACAAGGUCCCUUUCCACCUAGAUCAGCAGCAGAUGAAGAUGAAAUUUGGAAGCAGAGGCGAAGGCAACAAGCAGAAAUAUCUUCAGCAGUAGAACGAGCUCGAAAAAGGCGAGAAGAAGAGGAACGAAGAAUGGAAGAGCAAAGAAAAGCAGCAUGUGCGGAGAAGCUAAAAAAAUUAAAUGAAAAAUUUGGAUGUGUACCAAAACCAGUCCGGGAAGAUCCAUUUAAGGAAAAAGAAAAGGUCAAGGAGAAGGAAAUUGAAGAGGAGUGGAGAAAACCAAAUGAAAAGGAGACACCAAUCGAGAGAAAGGAAGAAGAAAGCCAAGAGAAGGAAAAAGAACCUGAGAGGGAGUUGGAAAAGGAGAAAGAACCUGAGAGGGAGACUGAGGCGGAGACUGAGGCGGAGACUGAGGCAGAGAAAGAAAGCGAAAGGGAAGAGAAAGAAAAACCUGAAGAGAAACUUAUCCCUGAAGUAUCUGAGCCUCAAGAACCAAUCACCCCACCUUUGAAAGUAGAGGAACCACAAGAAAGUGAAACCAGCACUGAUGAGGGGAAAGAAUGUCAGGCCGUUUCCGCUCCACAGGAGAGCAGUCAUAAUGAGAGAGAAAGUUUUCAUGAAAGUGAGACUGAUUCUGGUGCGCAUACUCGUCCUGCUCUUUCUUCCGGCUAUUCAAAACAGUUUCAGAAAUCAUUACCACCAAGAUUUCAAAGGCAGCAGGAGCAGAUGAAACAGCAGCAGUGGCAGCAGCAACAAGGAGUAAUGCCACAGUCUACACCACAGCCUUCUGGUAGCCCUGUUCCACCCCCAGCACACAGACCACUAUAUCAGCCCAUUCAGCCACAUCCACCACAUUUGGCUUCUGUGGGCUUUGAUCCACGAUGGCUAAUGAUGCAGUCAUAUGUUGAUCCGCGAAUCAUGUCAGGAAGACCUGCUAUGGAAAUGCCACCCAUGCACCCAGGAAUUAUAACUCCUAAGCCACUUCUGAGAAGGGAUCAGGUAGAAGGAGCAGGAACUGGUUCAGAUUCUUUUGAUCAUGUCACUCGACCAGCGAGAGAAAAUACUAUACCACAGUCAGAGCCACACAUGAUGUGGGGAUCAGAUUCCUAUCCUCACACAGAGCCUCCAGAGACUCCUACGCUUCCAAACCUCCUUGAAGAAUCUGAAGAUGCAAGGCCAAGAGCACUUCUGGAUCAAGAACAAAUGCCUAUUCAAGUAGUUUACUCAGAACCAAGUCAGGUGGACUCCCACACAAAGACAGAUUGUUUCAAAGAGCCUGGUAAAGUAAAUGUACCAAAGUCCACAGAAGAACCUUCUUGCCAAACUGACACACUUGCUCCGUCAAUCGACUUUGAAGCAACUGUCGAAAAUGUCUUGCAGAUCUCCCAGGAGGAGCAGGUGUCUAAAGAAGAGAAUAAUUCUUUCCCAAGGAAGAGCUUUUCUUAUGAAUCUAGCCAUUCUUUGAAGUCAGAAGAGCAAGGGAUUGAUGUACUAGCAAAUGUUAUGAAAGCAAACAGCAGGCACAUUGAGCCCAAAGAAGCAAUAGUCGAAAGAGUGGAGAACAAACUGAAAAAAGAAGGAUUUACCAGUAAUAGAUUGUCAGAAGGCCCAAAACCGGAAAAACCUUUCAAACCUAAAUCUGAAACUCGGUGGGGUCCAAGACCAGGUUAUGGCAGAAGAGAAGAUGGUAGUGAUAGGCCAGUAAGAAGAUCUGGUCCUAUUAAAAAGCCCAUCCUUCGAGAUAUGAAAGAAGAGCGUGAACAACGAGAAGAGCGUGAGCAGAAAAAAGAAAGAGGAGGGGGGAAACUGAUAAAUGAGAGAGUUAGCAAGAAUGAGAAAAGGGAACAACCUCCGGUGCCAUCUCUUAGGCCAGAACCAGAAAAGACUAUUACAGGUGACAAAAAGGCAUUGCAAGGCACACCCCAAACUUCAGAACCUGCAAAGAAUUCCAUGGAAUCUGGAACUACAGUCGCACCUUCUGGGCAGCCAUCCCCUGUUGUCCAGGAAUCAACAGUGAUAGCACCUGUGGUGCAACAUCCCACUACAGCCCAAGCACCCCCACCUGCCGUUCCACAACCACCUAGCCCACAAAAUGCAGUUGAACCUCCAUCUCUUACUGUCCAACAGUUACCUGUUCAUCAGCCUGUCAAUACAGUGAAGGAAGAAAAACAGCCAGAGAAAGUAAUCAACAAAGAAAAACCUGUUGAGAGACCUCAUAUAGAAACCAGGCCUGUGAAAAGAGAAUCUGGCUUGCCUCCCAGAACAUACUGGAAAGAGGCUAGAGAUAGAGACUGGUUCCCAGACCAGGGAUACAGAGGUAGAGGACGUGGCGAAUAUUAUUCUAGGGGACGCAGCUAUAGAGGUUCUUAUGGAGGCAGAGGUAGAGGUGGUAGAGGACACAACAGAGACUAUCCACAUUACAGAGACCCCAAGCCCAGAGUGGAGCAUGUGUCUUCUGGUCCUCUCAGACAGAGAGAAGAGAGUGAAACUCGUAGUGAGAGCUCUGAUUUUGAAGUAGUUCCUAAACGGCGAAGGCAGAGAGGCUCAGAAACUGAUUCUGACAGUGAAGUACAUGAAAGUGCCAGUGACACCCUUCUUUCAGACAAAGACAGUUUAAGCAAAAGUAAACAUCCCAAAAGAGAUGAAAAGGCUGACGUCAAAAGGCCUCCAAAAACCUUGCUCUCUUUCAAACCUGAAAAUAAUAUCCAAGAGGAAAGUAGAAUUCUAGAUAAAACUUACGGGAAGGACGACGAGAAUAAGCCCAAACCAGGUUUUCUUCCUAAAGGAGAACCUUCUCGAUUUGGAAGAGGAGGAAUGUUUAGACGUGGGAGUAGAGAGCCAGUUAGCCGUCCAUCUCGGGCAUCUACUCUUAGGAAACCAGGAUACAGAGAGAAUCAGUGGAAUUCAAGACAAACAGAAACCACCAAAGCUGAAGAUAUAGACUCACAAGGAAGGCAUGGACAUUGUGGUUCGAUACCACUAGAUAAAAGACAACCUCCAAAGUUUGAAAGGAAAUUUGAUCCUGCUAGAGAAAGGCCUCGAAGGCAAAGGCCUGCGAGACCUCCCAGACAAGAUAAACCACCACGCUUUCGACGUCUAAAAGAAAGAGAGGCAGCAUCAAAAAUAAGUGAAGUCACAACUAGUUCAUCAUCAAGUGCUGUGGUGAGCAAUGCCCUUAAUGAACAGCCAAGCACUACAUUAGAUGUUUCAGGAAUCAAGACACCAGACUUAUCCAAUCAGAAUUCUUCAGACCAGGCAAAUGAAGAAUGGGAAACUGCUUCAGAAAGUAGUGAUUUCAAUGAGAGGCGUGAGAGAGAUGAGAAGAAAUUAGCAGAUGUCAUGGCACAGGUAACUGUUAAGGCUGGAGAAAGUACACUAACUCCCAAAAGAGAAAUUGCCAAGAGAAGUUUUUCCAGUCAGCGACCAGGGAUAGAUCGGCAGAACCGUCGUGGUAAUAGUGGACCACCCAAAUCUGGACGGAACUUUUCAGGACCAAGAAAUGAAAGGAGAAGUGGUCCUCCACCAAGAAGUGGGAAAAAAGGACCAUUUGAAGAACAGACACCAGUUACGAUUAACGCUGAGCUAGUCAGCAACAGUUUGCAUCAAGAAGAAGGUACUAAUGCAUUAAAAGGUUCUAAAGAUGCCAACAACAAGAAGCGAGAAGAGCCCAAAGCUGGUCCAAAGAAGCCCAAGGAGAAAGUGGAUGCAAUCUCGCAGUUUGACCUUAAUAACUAUGCAAGUGUUGUCAUUAUUGAUGACCAUCCUGAAGUAACAGUAGUUGAGGAUUCCCAGUCCAAUUUGAAUAAUGACGGUUUUACUGAAGUAGUAUCAAAAAAGCAACAAAAACGCUUGCAAGAUGAGGAACGAAGAAAGAAAGAGGAACAAACAGUUCAGGUUUGGACAAAAAAGGGUUCAAAUGAAAAAGGAAGAUGCUCAAAUUCCAAGCUGCCACCCAGGUUUGCCAAAAAACAACAGCAAGCAGCGGCAGCUGCAGCUGCUGCUGCUCAACAGGUUCAAGCACCACCUCAAUCACAGAUACCAUUACAGUGUGUAUCUCAGGUUCCAAGUCCACAGGCUACAGUUCAGCCACAAACACAGGCAACCUGUCCAGUGAGCAACAGCACAGAAUAUACUGCGAUAAGCAAAAGUCUGCAGGAUACAUCUUCCCAUGUAGGAGCUGAACUGUGGGAUAAUAAAGUUCCAGCUACAACAGUUCUUGCUGAUAUCUCUAAAAAAUUGGGACCCAUUAGUCCUCCACAGCCUCCUUCAGUAAGUGCAUGGAACAAACCUUUGACAUCAUUUGGAUCACCUACAUCUUCAGAAGGAACAGCAGCUGGCCAGGAGAGUGGAAAUGAUUUGGGAAUAGAAACAAUUCAGUUUGGAGCUCCAGCGUCUAGUGGAAGUGAUAAUGAGGUUGGUCCAGUUUCAGAAAAACCUUCUGAGAAGCUUCUUGAACCAAAAGAGCAAAGGCAAAAGCAGCCUCGGGCAGGCCCAAUAAAGGCACAGAAGCUUCCAGAUAUGAGCCCAGUAGAAAAUAAAGAAUAUAAGCCAUGCCCCAUUGGGAAAGAGCGGUCACUAAAGAACAAAAAAGUAAAAGAGGCUCAGCAAGGCAACUGUGAGGUACAAGAGAAAUCCAGUCCUCCUACAGUCCAAAGUCCAGAACCUAUUCCUUCAAAAGAAACCAAUGCAGCUGCUGAGCUUGGUACUGACAUGGGAACAAUGAUGUCUGUAUCUGCUCCAGAAUUUGAAGCAGCCCAGAAGAUGGAAUCUGCUCGCAAAGCAUGGGAGAAUUCACCAAAUGUGACGGAGAAGAAUUCACCAGUGACUUCAGCAGCUUCUCCUGUUACUGGUGGCAAUAGUAGUGGAAGUGGAGGUGGGAACAGCAAUAGUAGCAGUGGACCAACCAGUGGUACAUACAGUUCUUUCUCAAGUGCAUCAAUGCCUCCCAUUCCUGUGGCUUCAGUUACACCUACAACAUCAUUGUCAGGAGCUGGAACGUACACCACCUCUUCACUCAGCACAAAAACCACUACCACUUCUGACCCACCCAAUAUCUGCAAAGUGAAGCCACAGCAGUUACAGACAAGUAAUUUGACAUCCGCCAGUCACUUUUCCCAGCUGAAUUGUAUGCCAUCGCUAAUUGCCCAGCAACAGCAGAGUCAACAGGUCUAUGUACCUCAGUCAGCAGCAGAUUCUCCCCAAUUUAAUGCCACCUGCGAAUUCAAUAACCAUGCCCUAUAUUCCUCUGCUCAAAUUCCAGCUUUUUAUAUGGAUACAAGCCAUAUUUUCAACACCCAGCAUGCACGCCUGGCUCCACCUUCACUGGCUCAACAACAAGGAUUUCAACCAGGACUUUCACAGCCUACUUCAGUACAGCAAAUCCCAAUUCCAAUAUAUGCACCACUGCAAGGCCAGCAUCAAGCUCAGUUGAGUUUAGGAGCAGCUCCUGCUGUGUCCCAAACUCAGGAAUUAUUUAACUCUUCAUUGCAACCCUAUAGAUCACAACAGGCAUUUAUGCAAAGUGGCUUAUCUCAACCCUCACCAGUUGUUCUUUCUGGUACAACCUUGCACAACUUCCCAACAGUGCAACAUCAAGAUCUUGCUAAGGCACAGACAACCCUUGCAUUUCAACAGACAUCUAAUACUCAGCCUAUUCCUAUCCUGUAUGAACAUCAGUUGGGUCAACCUUCAGCACUGGGAGGCUCUCAACUUAUUGAUACGCAUCUACUCCAGGCCAGAGCUACUCUUACACAGGCCUCAAAUUUAUAUUCUGGACAAGUUCAACAACCUGGUCAAACCAGCUUUUACAACACUGCUCAGUCUCCCAGUGCUCUCCAGCAGGUAAACUAUGGCACGGUGACAGUACCUAUACCUGGAUCACAGCUUUCUUUGCCCAACUUCGCAUCAGCAGGGCAGCCUUUAAUUGCUCUUCCACAAUCCCUUCAACCUCCCUUGCAGCAUACAGCACCACAGCCUCAGCCACAGAGUCUGGGUCGGCCAUCCCAAGUAGGCCAACCUUUCAGAGGGCUAAUUCCAGCUGGAACUCAGCAUAAUAUUAUGACCGGAAAGAUGUCAGAAAUGGAUCUAAAGGCCUAUGGAAGUGUCAUUGAUAAGCCAGGCACGCCUCCAGUUUCUGGACGAAGCACUACUCCAACAUCCAGCCCAUUCCGGAAAUAUGAAGACAGAAUGGCUGCACACUUGACCAAUUUCCAUUUAUUUCAGCAGAACUUGCACAGGGCUGCUUCGACAAGUCCGAACAAUCAGUCCAAUAAAAUGAAUACCAUCAUCUACCAAAAGCAAUUUCAAUCAGCGGCUGUGAGAAUGGCCCAGCCCUUUCCUCCUCAGUUCACACCACAGAUCCUCUCUCAGCCUAACCUGGUCCCUCCAUUGGUCAGAGCCCCACAUACUAACACCUUCCCAGCGCCUGUUCAGAGGCCGCCAGUGGCACUUGUUAGUCAGAUGCCACAUCAGAUGACCACAGGCCUUUUGAGCCACCCUCGAUUGCCACAUAUGGCCAGGGGUCCUUGUGGAUCGCUCUCUGGAGUCAGAGGCAAUCAGGCCCAGGCUGCGAUGAAGGCUGAACAAGACAUGAAGGCAAAACAGAGAGCAGAGGUCCUUCAGUCCACACAGCGAUUUUUCUCGGAGCAGCAGCAGAGCAAGCCGACAGGAAGCAAAAUACAGAAAGUGCUCGACGAUGGGAAUAAAGGUCCUGAAGGAGCGCCAGACUCCUCCACGGCAUGUCAGGACAAGGUGGACGAGAAGCCGAGUCCUGCGCCGGCAGCCACCUCCAAACCUGUUAGAACUGGACCAAUCAAACCUCAGGCCAUCAAGACAGAAGAAACAAAGUCUUAAGAAUGAUGUCCAUUACGCCGAUAUGGGGAGUGAAGUGACAGCCGGCAAAACCUGUCGUGCCUCAGGGCAAGGCAUGUCCCUUCAAGGCUGCAAGUGGCAUAAAAAAGUGCAGAUGAGAGCAGCUACAGGCUCUAAUAAGGAUGUUGGAGCAUGUAGUUUUUAUGCCACUGCAUGAAAGAGCGUUAUCUUUUUGAAUAGAGGCACCUCUCUGCUUUUUUAAUGAGAAAUAAUGCUCCCGAGGCGGCAUCUUAGAUGAAGGGAAACACUUUGCUGUCGGUUUGCUGCUGUUUCGUUUUGGGAAGAGCAACAAAUGUAAGAGAAGGCCUUGUUGGACACAACCAGGUUUGGCUUUACGUUAUUGGGGGCCCUAACAGGAUGUUGAUCUUUAAAUAAUGAAUCAAGAGAAAUUGCAGCAAUUGGUAAGUCACACAGAGCAACUUAAUUACACACACAAUUUUCUUCCAUACAGACAUGCCGUUUUGUUCUGUGUGUGUUCUGUACCAGACUUCCCCAAAAGGCUGCUACUAUAGUUUGAUAUGGUGCUGAACUCAAUGUAAAAAGAAUCAAAAUCCUAAUUGACCCCCCCCCCCCCCAAAUAUAUUACUCUUAUACCAGAAGUGCAGACUAAGAAGGCUCUUUCUAGGAGUUGCAUUGGCAGUCAUAUUGAGGUAUGGCGAAAUAGUAGGGGGAGCGGGUGGUGAACGCUUUUUGCCUUCAAACAGUAUUCCGCUUAUGUCUGUAUAGAGCAACAAGCAUUUGACCUUGUGCCGUAAGAAGAGCAUCCUCUCUCUCUCUCGUGGCACAUUCUAAUAGCAAAGCUGCAUCACACUUCCUUCUUGCUCACUGUGUGCUGGGAAAUAGAAUCAAGUCAAAUAAUGCCUUCUUAAUUGUAUCCUUCUAGUAGUAUAGGUGUAGGAGAGUACUGUAUGAUAACUUCUGUGAAUGUAAAAUACCCCAUACCUGCUUAUGAUAUGUAGUUGUGACUGUGCUAUCGCAGAGCUGUUUAAUGAUGUUACUCUAGACUUUUCAAGCCACGACCGGUUGUUAUCAAGAGCGCCAGUGCCACAAAACCAGGGGCAGAACGUUUUCCUUUGAGAAUUCCGUCUCUUUCCCGGAAUAAAGAGUAAGAUAAAAGUCUAAUCUGUAUAAUUUUGCUCAGAUGAUGGCAGAAGCUAGAAAGGUCUGUUGCUGCUAUUAAUACCUAGUGAAAUGCUGUUGGUUAUUUUUUUUAUAUAAAUAUUAUAAUUUGACUUUUUGGAAAUUUAGCUGUGAUGUCAGCUUUGGGGAAGAGGUAUCCACUUGUACUGUGAGUUGGCAUUGUACAGAAAUUAACAGCCAUAUUGGUCUAGAAAUGAUUAAACCUUUUCAUUUGUACAGGGAUAAUGCACUGUAUUAAAUAUGUAUGGUCUUAUUUACAUGGGUUUGAUUACAGAAACUAAUAAAAUAUUCUCUACAUAAAGUA